AUGAAAACAAAUUUUUCUCUUUCAUUCAAUCAGCCAAAGUUUUCUCCAACACCCAUUUGGAAUUCUAAUGGAAUUACUUUUGCUAAUCAAUCGAUUGUUGGUGAAGAGCCUUGCGCUAUUUUUGUGAAUACAAACAACACAAUCUAUGUCGCUAAUCAAGAAAAUAACACAAUUGUAAUAUGGCAUGAAGAAAGUGUCAAUCCAACAAACAUUAUUUUCGGUAAUUUUACAAGACCCACUUCUCUUUUCGUGACAUCAAAUGGUGAUAUUUAUAUUGAUGAUAGUGACAAGAAUGGUCGAGUGCAGAAAUGGAGUGCAGAAACAAGUACAUUUGACACGGUGAUGAAUGUCAACUCAUCAUGUUCUGGCUUGUUUGUCGAUAUCACUGAUACUCUUUACUGUUCAAUGAUUGAUGAUGAUCAAGUAGUGAAAAGAUCAUUAAAUGAUGCUGUGAUAGCUUCUAAUCAUGUUGCUGCUGGAACAGGUAUAGAAGGAUCAGACUCAGAUAAACUCAAUGGUCCUGUUGGAAUUUUUGUCGAUAUAAACUUAGAUUUAUAUGUGGCAGAUUGUGGAAAUGGUCGGGUUCAGUUAUUUCAAACAGGAGAAUCAAAUGGUAUCACAGUAGCUGGAAGUACAUCACUAUAUCCAACAAUCAAACUUGAAUGUCCCAGUGGAAUUAUAUUAGAUGCUGAGAAAUAUUUAUUCAUUGCUGAUGUAGGCAAUAGUCGCAUUGUCGGUUCAGACAUGUAUGGUUUUCGAUGUUUAGUUGGAUGUUAUGGACUGGGUUCACAAUCCAAUCAAUUGAAUUAUGCAUUUGAUUUUAGUUUCGAUCGUUCUGGAAACAUGUUUGUUGCUGAUGCAGCAAAUCAUCGAAUUCAAAAGUUUUUAUUGAUGAAAGAUUCUUUUGCUCUUUCAUUUAAUCAACUAAAGUUUUGUUCAACAGCCACUUGGAAUUUCAAUGGAAUUACUGUUGCUAACCAAUCGAUUGUUGGUCAAGAUCCUCAUGCCAUUUUUGUGAAUACAAAUAACACAAUCUAUGUCGCUAAUCAAGAAAAUAACACAAUUGUAAUGUGGCAUGAAGGGAGUGUCAAUCCAACAAAGAUUAUUCGCGGUAAUUUUACAAAACCCACUUCUCUUUUCGUGACAUCGAAUGGUGAUAUUUAUAUUGAUGAUGGAUUCAAGAAUGGUCGAGUGCAGAAAUGGAUAACAGAAACAAACACCUUUGUUACAGUGAUGAAUGUCAACUCAUCAUGUUAUGGUUUAUUUGUCGAUAUCACUGAUACUCUUUACUGUUCAAUGAAUGGUGCUGAUCAAGUAGUGAAAAGAUCAUUAAAUGAUGCUGUGAUAGCUUUCAAUUAUGUUGCUGCUGGAACAGGUAUUGGGGGAUUAGAUUCGAAUGAACUGGGACUUCCUCGUGGAAUCUAUGUCGAUGUGAAUUUAGAUUUAUAUGUGGCAGAUUGUGGAAAUGAUCGAGUUCAGUUAUUCCAGCCGGGAGAAUCAAAUGGCAUCACAGUAGCUGGAUAUACAUCACUAUAUCCAACAAUUACACUUUUGUGUCCCACUGUAAUUAUAUUGGAUGCUGAGAAAUAUUUAUUCAUUGUAGAUAGUGGCAAUGGUCGCAUUGUUGGUUCAAGCUUGAAUGGUUUUCGAUGUAUAGUUGGAUGUUAUGCAAGUGGUUCACAAUCCAAUCAAUUGCAUGAUCCAUUUAGUUUGAGUUUUGAUCGUUCUGGAAACAUGUUUGUUACUGAUCAAUCAAAUCAUCGAGUUCAAAAAUUUCAAUAUUUCGAAGAAUCAUGUGGUAAGUUUAGAAUGCUUGAAUAG